AUGGAGAAAAAUAACAGUGCUUAUCCGCCAAUUUCACAAAAAAAAAAUAAAGACCACCGCGAAAUUGCCAAAGAAUUAGAUUUAUAUAUUUUGGACGAUAAAGCCGGGCAAGAACUCGACUUUCAAGAAGUAAUUACCCCUAUUCUGGGAAGUGAAUAUUUAUAUCAAACGAGCGGACAUUUGGACCAUUACCAAGAUUCUAUGUUCCCAGCAAUUAGCCGUGAUAAUGAGACCUUUUAUUUGCGACCAAUGACUUGUCCUCAUCAUUGUCUUAUUUAUCGACAAAAACCUCGUUCUUACCGUGAUUUGCCCUUCCGACUGUGUGAAAAUUCCCUUUUAUUUCGUUAUGAGGCUUCGGGAGCACUGAAAGAUACUCUAAUUAGUGUUUUAAAUGAACUGAAAUUAAAUUAUGUUAUCCUCAAAGGAGAGGCGGCUUUUUAUGGUCCCAAAUUAGAUUUAGAAAUAACCGCGGCCGACGGCAAAAAUAUUACUAUUUCUACUAUUCAAUUAGAUUUUAUCUUACCCCAAAAAUUCGGCUUAAAUUAUAUUGACGCCAAACAAAACUUAAAAACCACCGCCAUUAUUCACCACUCACCAAUUGGGACUUAUCAGCGUUUUAUUGCUUUAUUGUUGGAGCAAACUGACGGCAAAUUACCUUUUUGA